AUGUCAGUCAGCGAGUACACCCCAAAGUUCGCGCCUUUCUUCUCCUUUGCAGGAAUUGCGUCUGCAAUGAUUUUCGGGUCAAUGGGAGCAGCAUAUGGGACAGCUAAGGCCGGGAUUGGUAUCUCGGGUGUCGGGACGUUCAGACCGGAUCUGAUCAUGAAGUCCCUGAUCCCCGUCGUCAUGUCCGGUAUCAUCGCAGUUUACGGUCUCGUUAUUGCGGUUCUCAUCGCAGGAGACAUGUCCCCACCGUUAGGAACAACACCACCCACCAGCUUGUAUACAUCAUUCAUGCAUCUCGCAUCGGGACUGUCGGUUGGUCUUGCAGGUGUGGCCGCAGGAUAUACCAUUGGGAUUGUCGGAGACGCGGGUGUUCGCGCGUAUAUGCAACAGUCCCGGGUCUACGUUGGAAUGAUUCUUAUCUUGAUUUUUGGCGAAGUUCUGGGUCUCUACGGUUUGAUUGUCGGUCUGAUUUUGAACUCUAAGAGCAAGCCUUGA